UUUUCGGGUAGUUUCCAAGCUCUACCUUUCAAACACAAAAACAUAAAUGGCUUCACGAGCAAUGUUAAGAAAUGCCGUGCCAAGUACGGGCCGGCUUAGCUACAACGUGAAAAAGACUUCUUUGCGAGCCUUUUCCACAGUUAAGCCUUCCCGACAGCAACAGCAGGAACCUGCCACAACCAACGAACAAUCGGCCCCAGCUCAAACUCUCAAAGACCUUGUGCCACCUACAGACGCCACCUUGAAGAAGCCAAUUUGGCGCUCGAUUGCAGAAUCCGCCGAGCCUAUUACACCAUACAACAUGUCUAUCGGACGACUAAUGGCUGCUGGUUUGCAUCUGGGUCACUCGACGUCACUUUGGGAGCCAGCAACGCUCCCAUUCAUUUUCGGUACACGUGAAGGUAUCAGCAUCAUCAACUUGGAGCACACCUUGGUGUAUUUGAGAAGAGCCUGCAACGUGGCACGCGAAGUUGCCUACCGUGGUGGCAACAUCCUGUUUGUCGCAACACGACCUGGAUUCCAAGACUUGGCUGUGGAUGCAGCACGACGAUGCGAAGGUUAUCACGUUUCCGGCAAGUGGAUUCCAGGCACAUUGACAAACGCACAGCAAGUUCUUGGUCGCCACGCCACACCCGAUCCCAACGACCCAGGCAAAGUUCCUGAAACAUUUAAUCCGGAUUUGAUGGUCUUGCUCAACCCGCUUGAAAACAGAAUCGCCAUUGCUGAAGCCCAGCUCAACAUGAUCCCCGUUAUUGCUAUCACCGAUACAGAUUAUGAUCCUCGACGUGUAACAUAUCCCAUCCCUGCCAACGACGAUUCAAUUCGUGGUGUUGAGUUGGUUGCCAAGGUCAUCUCAACAGCUGCAAAGGAUGGAUUGCUGCGGCGCAAGCAGUUAUUGGACAAGAAGGAUAAGGAAGCUAGAUUUAACCGGGGCGAACGUAGACUGUAAAAGUGUAUUUAUGUGUGCAAAUGCGCAUCCACGCACGCAUAAUAUAGCAUGUUUUGUUUCUUAUUUUGUAAUAUAGACA